AUGAGUUGCAGCUCCAAACAGCCCUCAAAAAGCUGCCUACGGGCAAGCAGUGGGGGCAGCGCCAGCGGUGCAGGGGGCGGCGGGGGCAGCGUGCACUCCUGUGCCUCCGCAAGGACCAGCGGUGGCAGCAGGGGCUCUGGCAGCAGUUGUGGAGGAGGAAGCUCCAGGAGCAGCUCCGGUGGUGGUGGUGGUGGUGCUUACAGGAUGAGCAGUGGUGGCUAUGGAGGGGGAAUGAGCAGUGGUGGUUACGGAGGGGGAAUGGGCUGCGGUGGUUAUGGAGUGGGAAUGGGCUGCGGCAGCAUGGGACCGGGUGGUGGUUAUGGAGGGAGCUUUAGCAGAGGUGGUGCUGGUUUUGGCGGUGGCAACUUUGGCUUCCAUGGAGUGAGUGUGGGGAUUCUCUCCACCGAUGAAAAGCUGACCAUGCAGAGCCUCAACGAACGCCUGGCCUCUUACAUGGAUACGGUCAGAAAGCUGGAAAUGGAAAAUGCUCAGCUCGAGCAGCUCAUCAGGGAGUGGUACCAGAAGCAAGGCUCCACUGGUAUGAAGGACUACAGCCACUAUUAUGAACAAAUUGAAGAUCUUCAUAAUGAGCUUGUGACUGCGGCUGUGAACACCAACAAGGUCCUUCUGGACCUGGACAACACGAGGAUGACUGCAGAGGACUUCAGGACAAAGUACGAGAGCGAGUGCGGGCUGCGGCAGAACGUGGAGGCUGACAUCAACAGCCUGCGGCCCUUGCUGGAUAACCUGACCCUCCACAGGUCUGACCUGGAGAUGCAGUUUGAGUCUCUCAAGGAGGAGAUUAUUGACCUCAAGAAGAACCACGAGCAGGAAAUGAAAUCGCUGCAAACACAGUGCAGUGGGGAUGUGAACGUGGAGGUGAAUGCUGCUCCAGGAGAGGAUCUGCUGAAAAAGCUGAACGUUAUGAGACAAGAAUAUGAAACUAUUAUUCAGAAAAACCGUGAAGAGGUUGAAAGUUGGUAUGAAAGCAAGAUGGAGGAAGUGAGCCAGCAGGUCCAGUCAAGUAGUCAGGAAGUGGAAUCAAGCAACCAGCAGAUCUCUGUGCUGAGACGGGACUACCAGAGCCUGGAAAUCGAGCUGCAGUCCCAGCUCAGCCUGAUCGACUCUUUGCAGUCCAACCUGGAGGACACAGAGCGUCGCUAUAACCUGCAGCUGCAGCAGAUCCAGGCCAUGAUCGGGCCCCUGGAGGAGGAGCUGGCCAGCAUCCGCUGUGAGAUGGAGAGCCAGAACCAGGAGUACAAGAUGCUGCUGGGCAUCAAGACCCGCCUGGAGCAGGAGAUCGCUCAGUACCGGGCACUGCUGGAGGAGGGACAGCACGACAUUAGAAGCUCCCAGGGAGGAGCCGGUGGCAGAUCCUCAGGAGGAGACUAUGGAGGAAGUGGCUGCUCUUCUGGAAGAGGAGGCAGUGGAGGAGGCAGCAGUUGGUCCUCAGGGGGAGGAAGCAGUGGAGGAAGAACUGGAGGAUCCUGCAGAAGAUCUUCCUCUUCUGGAGGUGGAGGAGGAGGAGGGAGCGGAGGAAGAGCAGGAGGUGGAACCUCUGGUAAAGCUUCAGGUGGAGGAGGCGGCAGUGGAGGAGGGGGCAAAUCCUGCCUUUCCCACUCAUCAUCUUCCCACUCCCUGUCUGGCAAGUCUUGUGAAAGCCCAGUUCCAGGAGGUGCUGAAAACAUGAAGCUCUGCCUGGAAGGGAAUAAAACACUGGAGAGAGGAGCAACCAUGGAGGAAGUGUCUGAAGCCAUAAAAACAAUGAGAUUGGACUGCAGCUGGGGAUGA